CUGAUAGCGAACCUAAAAAGCCCUUCUUAUUCAGCUGUUCGCGAAGCUUGCUCAGUUUUUCGUUCCAGUUAAUCCUGAUGGAGAACCAAACGAUGAGCACGCCUUUUGGAGAUACGGAAUCCGAGCUACUCGAGUUCAUCAGGCAGCAUGUCAGCAACAUCGAAGUCUUCGCCGAAACCGGCAAUCGCUUUCAGGAAGAGAACAUGAUGGAUUUUGAAUUUGAUUGGGGCACAAUAGGAAAUGAGGAAAGUUCUGUGGCCGUUGGCCAGGAGCAGGAAAAUAUACAGCAAAAACCGCCAACAGAGAAUGUAAUGAGGCCUAUUUCGCCAGUGGUGUCAAUUGGACCAGGAAAACAAAUUAGGAAUAAAAUACGAACUAAUCAAAAUGUUGUGCCAACUGAUACAGUUGACAAUCCAACUCAGAGAACUAUGGGAGGUGACAAACAAAUAAAGCCGAAAAAUGCCAAGGCCAAAAAGGAGCCCGUUAAGAGAACUAUCAAGGCUCCCUCGAAGCCCAGUAUUGCACAAUUGAGGAGGGAUGCUGCCAAGAAGAAGAUCAAGGAAGCCAGAAAAGAAGCCAAGGAAACUGUAAGUUCAAGUCCUUCAGAUGCAAGACCCUCUGAGCCAAGCACUUCCCAGAAUGCUAACGAAACCGAAAGUAAGCCCAGUAAUGCCAAGGGCUCAAAGAAAAAGAAGGCUGCAAGCAAAACUGAUACCGACACCAUUGUGAAACAACCCACUCAGCCGACAAAAGAUGUAACGAAUCCAGUAGAUCCUUAUAUUCAAAGUUCACCAGGGUACUCGAUUGGCAAAGUGAUCAAGCCAAUUAAAGCGCCGAAAGGAAAGAAAGCCAUCAAAACCAAUCUUGUUCAGGGAUAUUCGAAAGAUGGUAGUUUCGAUUCAGCAACAACCAAGAAGCAUUUGCCACUAAACGCACCCAUUGAACCGACACCACGUACGAAUCCUUUACCAAUGAUACCUACAAAUCCCAAACCCAUGAAAUCCAUGAAUCCCGCACCUAACACAAAACCCAUGAGACCUAAUGCAUCAACACAGCAAACGAUUUCUGCACCUCCAAUGGCACCCACAAAACCCCGACUGCCCGUCGCCCAAAAACCAGUACAGUCUCGGGGAAAAGUAGUUAGCCCAAUGACUUACCCAAGUGCAGCCAGUGUGGAGUUCAAUCCACGGGUUCCAUCCAGGGGUGAGAACGUGAACAACAUGAUGAAGAAUGGGAAUAACACUGGGAAAUCAACGGGUCAACCAGCCCAACCAGAGAUAUCGGAUAGACCACCUUCAAGACCAGUCUGUUUAAGUGUGGGGACCCAAACGAUGAGCACGCCUUUUGGAGAUACGGAAUCCGAGCUACUCGAGUUCAUCAGGCAGCAUGUCAGCAACAUCGACGUCUUCGCCGAAACCGGCAAUCGCGUUCAGGAAGAGAACAUGAUGGAUUUUGAAUUUGAUUGGGGCACAAUAGGAAAUGAGGAAAGUUCUGUGGCCGUUGGCCAGGAGCAGGAAAAUAUACAGCAAAAACCGCCAACAGAGAAUGUAAUGAGGCCUAUUUCGCCAGUGGUGUCAAUUGGACCAGGAAAACAAAUUAGGAAUAAAAUACGAACUAAUCAAAAUGUUGUGCCAACUGAUACAGUUGACAAUCCAACUCAGAGAACUAUUGGAGGUGAGAAACAAAUAAAGCCGAAAAAUGCCAAGGCCAAAAAGGAGCCCGUUAAGAGAACUAUCAAGGCUCCCUCGAAGCCCAGUAUUGCACAAUUGAGGAGGGAUGCUGCCAAGAAGAAGAUCAAGGAAGCCAGAAAAGAAGCCAAGGAAACUGUAAGUUCAAGUCCUUCAGAUGCAAGACCCUCUGAGCCAAGCACUUCCCAAAAUGCUAACGAAACCGAAAGUAAGCCCAGUAAUGCCAAGGUCACAAAGAAAAAGAAGGCUGCUAACAAAACUGAUACCGACACCAUUGUGAAACAACCCACUCAGCCGACAGAACAUGUAAAACCGGAUGUCACUGCCGGACUAAUACCAACGAUUCCAGUAGUUCCUUAUAUUCAAAGUUCACCAUGGCACUCGAUUGGCAAAGUGAUCAAGCCAAUUAAAGCGCCGAAAGGAAAAAAAGCCAUCAAAACCAAUCUUGUUCAGGGAUAUUCGAAAGAUGGUAGUUUCGAUUCAGCAACACCCCAGAAGCAUUUGCCACUAAACGCACCCAUUGAACCGACACCACGUACGAAUCCUUUACCAAUGAUACCUACAAAUCCCAAACCCAUGAAAUCCAUGAAUCCCGCACCUAACACAAAACCCAUGAGACCUAAUGCAUCAACACAGCAAACGAUUUCUGCACCUCCAAUGGCACCCACAAAACCCCGACUGCCCGUCGCCCAAAAACCAGUACAGUCUCGGGGAAAAGUAGUUAGCCCAAUGACUUACCCAAGUGCAGCCAGUGUGGAGGUCACUCCACUGGUUCCAUCCAGGGAUGAGAACGUUAACAACAUGAUGAAGAAUGAACCAGAGAUAUCGGAUAGACCACGUUUUAGGCCAGUGCGUUACAGUGUGACUUUAGAUGGCUCAAUUACGCGUUUGCGAGUGCGGUCCAUGUCAAGAUCCGUAUCGCCUAUUUCGAACCGUCGAUCACUUUCCUUGUCCUCGUCCUCGUCCUCGUUCUUAAGAUUGAAUUUCGGUUCAUCAUCGUCGUCCUCAAGAUCGUGUUCCUGUUCAUCAAAGUCGUCCUCGAGAAAAAGGUCCGGUUCAGCAUCGACGUCGUCCUCAAGAGGGUGUUCCUGUUCAUCAAAGUCGUCCUCGAAAACAAGAUCCGGUUCAUCAUCAUCCUCGCCCUCAAGAUCGUGUUCCUGUUCAUCAAUGUCGUCCUCAAGCUCGGGUUCCGCUUCAUUAUCGCCGUCCUCAAGAUCGAGCCUUAAAUCUUCGAGAUCUAGAUCCUCCUCAUCUCUGUCUUUGGCAGACAGAUUAAUGCUGCACAAAGACUAUCCAGCUUUUAGCGAAUCGCCAUCGAACUUAAACAACCCCCUGGGUGAGCCAUCCCGUCUUGAGUCAUCACCAUCGCCACCGGAAUCGCCCAUCGAGAUCCUUUCGAGUUUCGAAAUGCAUCUGAAGGCCUUGGGUUCGGCGUACAUUUCAGCAGUGUCGCCGAUUCCGUGGUGUCCAUUCGGUGAGAUUCCAGUGCCAGACUUGUCGGAGUCAUCGACUUCUACUUCAUCGCCAUCAUCAUCUGCAUCGUCAGCAUCCGCAUCAUCACCACCACCAUCCGCAUCGGCAGCUCCUUUUUUGGAGAGCGAGGAUUCCGACAGCAGCGAUAGUGACAACGAUCACGACACGAAAUACAAAGCGAUUCCCCAGUUCUAUAAACAUGAUGAGGCCACACAAAACACACCGCAACUGACAGCACAACAAUCUGAGAGAGAAUCGAUUAAUCAGAAUACAGAUGAGAAUUUUUAUGAACGAAUAAUAAAAAAUGAACCAGAUGAGGAGUCCGAUAAAGCUCAAAAUUGGGAACCGUUACAGAUUAUUUAUAAACAGGAUAUUUCAGAACCAGUAGUGUCGCCAAGUAAUCAUACAUUCUUUGAGCCAGAGUUAGAACCAAAUGGUCAAACCAAUCUGGCAACACAACAAUUUAAAUCACAGUUGUUUAAUCAGAAUCCCUUCCAGGAUUCCAAUUCAGAUGUCAAAUCCUGUGAAGCUCAAGUUACUGUACCAGCGUAUUCGGAUAUUUCAAUUUCUGAACCAUAUUUUACAAGCUAUAUGCCUGAUCAGAUGUCCUUGAAGAAACCCAAGUCAAUCGAGCAAGAGUACCCUGAAUAUACAACUUCUGUACCGGUGGAUUCGAACUCAGUCAAUAAACCAUAUAUAAAUCAGUUCAGUCCAAACUUUUUGGAACCAGAUUUAGAACUGCGUAGACCUGAAAGUACUGAACCAGAUUUUAAAAUUUCUGAAAUGUAUACGAAACCUAAGCAGUUUGAGCCAGGUGUGGAAUUUUGCAAUACUAAAACUACUGAGCCAUAUGCAAAUCCAAAAUCAAAUGUUUUUAAACGAGAUAUACGAAACUUGAAUUCCAUAAUGUCUGAAUCUGAUGUUUAUCCAGGUAAUUCAAAAUUUUCUCCAGCAGCAAACAUUUUUGAAGCAUAUUUAAACCCGAAGAGAGAGGAGAAUUCUUGUAGUCCUAAACUUUUUGAACCUGAUUUAAAAACUUGUAAAAUAACUGUAAGAAUUUUUAAAUCUGUAGUUAGGCCAAAAGUUUCUGAAACAGCAGAUGAGAAACCCUCUAGCUCGAAAAUGUGUAAGCCUGUUGUGCAACCUAGUAACUCUAGAAUUUCCAAUCUAAAACUUAGUCCCCGUAAUUCUACAAUUUGUGAGCCAAUCGAUUGGGAAUCAAGCUAUGACCCAGAUAUGGAUUCAAAUAUUUUGGAAGCAUAUUUAAAACUUUGUAAUCCUAAAACAUCUGAACCGAAUACAAAACCAUGUAGUCCUACAUUUGCCAAAAGAGAGGAGAAACCUUGUGGUCCUAAACUUUUACAACCUGAGGUCAGAACUUGUAUUUCUACUGAACGAGAUCCAAGUCUAAGUAAUUCCAAAAUUAAUGAACAAGAUGUGAAAUCAUUAAAUGACGAUGUUUCUGAAGCUGCACAUUUGAAACCCUGGAGCUCGAAAAUCUCAAAGCUUGAUGUAGAACCGAGUUGUUUUAAGAUUUCCAAGCCAGAAGUUAAUGCAUGUGAUCUCAAAAUUCCUAAGCCAAUCAAUUCGAAAUCAAUCAACGAACCAGAUAUGAAUUUAAAAGUUUUAGAACUAGAUUCUAAACUGCGUAAUCCCAACACUUUAAAGCCCGAUAUGAAGCCAUGUCACUCGAUAAUGAACAAAAGUGACGACAAGCCUUGUAGUCCUAAGCUUUUUGAACCAGAUGUGAAAACAUCUUAUUGUAAAACUUCUGAACGAGAUGCAAGCCCACGAACUUCAAAAAUAAAUGAACCAGAUGUAAAAUCCCAUAAUUGCGAAAUUUCUGAAUCAGAUGUUACGCCAAGUAGUUCAAAAGCUUUUGAAGCAGCAAAUGAAAAUCCGUGUAGCUCCAAAAAUUCAGUGCCAGAUGUGAAACGUAAAUAUCGGAAGUCAAAAAAAUCGAAGUCAGUGAAGCGAAAGGGCUCCAAAUUAAUGGAUGAGCCAGUGAAACCAAAGACAAGGAAACUAGAAAAUGAAACGAAGAACGAAGAUCCAAAGUUUCAGGCUUUGCUUCAUUAUAAAAUUCCAAGGCUGGGGUCUAAGAUACCAUCAACACGACAUGAUUUCCAUGAAGUUAAUCCUAUGACCACUCGGCCAAGGCACUUGCCAUACUAUCAGUACCAGUCGAUGUGGAAUUUUCAGCCUAAUUACAUGAACCAUCCGAAUAUUAACCAGGCUUUCCAAGACCACCAUCCGAUGAGAGGUUAUCCACCUUCUCACGCGACCCAUCCAAUGAGAGUGGCUGAGAGUUAUCAGUCGGUACAUCCGAUGCAAGGUAUUCCGUCCAAUCGUAUGUUCCAUCCGAUGAGGAAUGUCCAUCCACUGCCAAUGCGAAGUUAUGUGCCGCCGUUUCCGAUGCACCGCUUUCAGCCCAAUCAAACAGUCCAUUAUCCCCAGGCUUAUUAUCCAAUGGAAACUAUGGGGCAUUCACAAAGGAAUUAUGCUACAAACUGUAAUGAACAGCAAAAACCAUCAAAAACAUCAACUUCGGGGAACAAAACACACCACAUUGAUCGUAUUAUGGGAAGGGCCUUUGGGGGUCGCAAGUACAGAACACUCAAGGAUCUUAAAAAACGAACCAAUUUGUCGAAAAAAAACUUGCGUCGGGUACUCAAAAAUGUGGGAAAGAUUAAACGCGCCAAGUGGCGCAUUAGUAAGUUUUAUCUGCAGGCCUACGAAGACGAAUUGAGGGGCAUUUCUCCACCCAGGGAUCAGGAACCGCUUGCUCUGAAUAACUUAUAUCGCAAGGUGAUUAAAUCCUACGACGGCUGCAAGUUUCAACGCAUGGAUGAGCUGGUAGAGAAAACCAGUCUAUCCAGAUCCAAAAUAAGACAGGCCUUGAAGAUGAUCGGGCGCAAGCGAUCCACCAAGUGGCGUCUGGUCAACUAUAGGAAGCCCCUUAUUCACUAUCACCGAGGUCACAAGAAGUCCAAAUAGACUACUAUGGCUAUCUACCAUUGCCUG